CCGACGCACAAGCCCAAGCCGACGUCGCACACGGGUGGCGCCAACAAGCGCUGGGAGCAGUGCGGCGGCAAAGACUUUUCGGGCUCCACGCAGUGUCUCGAUGGCGACAAGUGCCACAAGUACGACGCGUGGUACUCGCAGUGCAUUCCUGCCAAGCCACACAGCAGCUAA